AGGAGAGUUGGAAAAAGAAGUGUGUAGGUGAUGUUGUCAGCAUGAGAACAGAAAAUGCGUCACUGUAUGUGUGAAAACUGUUGUCAGAACUGUAUUGUUUGAGUGUUAACCAGUGUAGUAUUCUAUUGUGAAGUCAACGUGACGGGAUUCGGAAGAAAUGCCGGUUUAACGCUUGAUGUGAAGUGCAUUGAGGAAAUCCAGAUAUAGCUCCUAAUGGCCGAGUGGUUAGGACUUCCUCUGGCUUUGCAGGAGUGUCAUGGAACUUGCUGACGGAUCACAGCCUCACGUGGACCGAUCUGACGGGUGACGGGAUCCUUGAAUUCUUUCAAGUUCAUUCAGAUGUGAAAUCUACCAAUAACAAUAGAGCGACAGCACUGGGAAUGUCCACAAGUGUCUUGCAAGUACAAAGUCUAGCUUCACAGUACAAAGUCUAGCAAUCCUUCAAAUGGCAUCUCAAGAAGCCCCAUCUAGUGCAGAAAGCCGGAAAUCAAGAAAGAGAAGACGCAGCAUGACACCACCUCCAAACAUAUCUGAAUUAAGGAUUUGGUUGUUGGGAGAAGACUGGGCUAAUAAUAAAAAUUCAGUAGGAAACUUGCUCUUGAGAAGAAAUGAAUUUGAAACAGAAGCUUCUCUCCCACUUCAUCAAUGUGCUAAAACAGGCAGAGGACAGAUUGAGGAUCAAAACAUAUCUGUGGUCAUCACACCAAAUCUGUUUAACAGAGAUGUUCCUGCAGAUGAAGUUACUCAGGCACUAAAAUAUUGUGAGGCCAUGUCUGCUCCAGGCCCACAUGUACUUCUGCUAAUUCUGCAACCGGAUACUUCCAUUGAGAAGAUAAAAUAUAUGAGAAACACCAUGAGCUCCUGGUCAGAGCACAUAAUGAAUCAUACUAUGGUACUGGUGAUGGAGGGAGAAAAAAAAAUCAGUAUUGCUAAGGAGAAAAAACUUCAAAAUGUAUUUAAAGAAAAAUGGAGGUGUCACAAAUUAAACAGAAUAUUCACAGGUCAACACAGUUUAGUCACUGACCUAUUUGAAAAAAUCAAGAACUUGGCGAAGGAGAAUGAAUGGAAUCAUCUCAGCCUGAAAGGAUUUUCAUCAGAUGUUAAACACAAAAUUGGAUCACUUGUGCAAUCAUCAUCCCAGAGUACAAAAGACAAAGAAAUGUCUGUUCUCAAUCUGGUGCUUUUUGGAAGUAACAGUGCUGAAAAGACUUUAGCAGUGAACACAAUACUGGGCCUCACUGAGUCUGCAGAAGUGCCUGAAUCUGAAACCCAUCAUGAAUGUGUCAUGAGAGAUGGUGUGAUAUGUGGACACAAGGUCACCCUGGUUGAAAUGCCAAAGCUAUACAAAACGUCUCUGUCUCAGGAGGAAGUUGUACAUGAGACACACCGUGCUCUGUCCCUAUGUUCAUUUAACAUAAACACAUUUCUCCUGGUCCUUCCUGUCAAACCUCUCACUGAUAAUGAUAAAGGAGAACUUAAAUUAUUCAGUGACAUAUUUGACACAGCUGAUGGGAAGUUCUGGGAUUGUUUGAUGAUCAUGUUCAUAUAUCAAGGGCGCAGGCAGGAUAAGGCUGUCACUGAAUUUCUACAUGUAAACAGAGACAUUCAGAAUUUAUUGAAGCAAUGUGGGGACAAAUAUUACAUACUCAGUAUUAACCAAAGACCUGAUAGUACACAGAUCCCAGAACUGCUGCAGAAGAUCUAUACAGUUACUUGUUAUUCGUAUGUAACAUUUCUGCAAGCACAGAUGAAGAAAAUAAUUGAACUGGAGGCCAAAAUUGAAGAAAUGGGGGAAAAAAUCACAGCAUUAAAUAAGAUGAAUCAAAAAGCUGAGAGUGAGAGAUCAAGCACAAACUGUGUGAGGAUUGUGCUUAUUGGAAAAACCGGAAAUGGGAAGAGUGCCACAGGAAACACUAUACUCAACAGAAAGGCCUUUAAAUCUCAAGCCAGUUUUAAAUCAGUGACAUCCUCAUGUCAGAAGGAAGAGGGGUUUGUUAACGGACAUCCAGUCACUGUUGUUGAUACUCCAGGUCUGUUUGACACGCACAUCCAAACAGAUGAUUUGAAGCAAGAGAUACUAAAGUGCAUCAGUCUCCUCUCUCCAGGACCUCAUGUGUUCCUGCUGGUGCUUAGAAUCGGAAGACUCACCAAGGAAGAAAUGGAAACUCUGAACCUGAUCAAGGAAACUUUUGGGAGGAACGCUGGACUGUUUAGCAUCAUAAUAUUUACCCAUGGUGAUCAGCUGCAAGAUAAGACAAUUGAGAGCUGUCUGGAAGAUACAGAUUCAAAUAUGAAGAAGCUGAUCGGAGAUUGUGGAGGAAGAUAUCAUGUGAUUGACAAUACAAAACCAGACGAUUCUAAACAAAUCACUGACUUGCUAGAAAAAAUAAACAGUAUGGUUGAAAAGAAUGGAGGAGGAUGUUACACCAAUGAGAUGUUUGAAGAAGUAGAAGCUGCCAUAAAACAAGAAAUGGAAAGAAUUUUACAGAACAAAAAAGAAGAGAUGGAAAGAGAGAACAAACGUUUGCGUGAAAAACAUGAGAUGGAGAUGGUAGAGAUGAUGAGGAGAAUAGCAGAACAAAGAGAGUUAAUGGAGAGGGAGAGGGAGGUAAAGGAGGAAGAACUCAGACUCAAGGAAGAGUUCUUGCGAAAUGAACUUAAGAGAAGAGAUGAACAAGAAGAGAAGGAGAAGAGAGAAAGACAAAAAGACGAAGAGAAGAGAAGAAUUGAAGAGGAGGGGAAACAGGAGGAAUGGAACAGGAAACAACAAGAAUUAGAAGAGAAACGGAUUAAACUAGAGAAAGAGCAACAGAAGAGAGAUCAGGAAUAUAGAGAGAAGUAUGAGAGAGAGAGGAAAGAAAUGGAAGAACUUCAUAAAAACAGACUAAAGAGGAAACAUGAGGAAGGAUACCAGAAGAGACUUAAAGAGGAGAGGAGUGAAUGGGAGCUGAAAGAAAAGAAAAUGAUUGAAGAAUUUGAACAAGAAAAAAGAGAAAGAGAAGAAAAAGAGAAUGAGAGGAUUGAGAAGGAGCUUAAAGAAAGAGAGAGAAUAGAGAAAGAGUAUGAGAACAGUAAAACAGAGAUGAUAAAACAAAAAGAAGAAUGGGAAAAAUCAUGGACGGAGGAGUGGGAUAAAAGAGUGAAAGAGGAGAAGGCAAGGAGGAAGGAAGAGAGAGAGAAACUGAGAAAGCUCGAAGAAGCAUUUGAACGAGAGCGUAAAGAGGAGGAGGAGAAGAGGAAGAGAGAAGAUAAAGCCAGACGUGAACAGGAAGAGAGAGAACGAAAAGAAAUGGAGGAAGAACAUGAAAGAAAAUUAAAAGAAAUGACGAGAAAGUAUGAAGAUGAGGCCAGAAAACAUGCAGAAGAAUUCAAUGAAUUUAGAGAGAAAUAUAAGAAAGACUUUCAGGCUCUCAUGUUAAAGCAUGAUUUAGAGAUGCAGGAGCUGAAGCUAAAGCAUGAAAAUGAGUAUAGGGUGCUGAGUGAACUCUCAAAGCAAAAAGAGAAAAAUCUGAAGAAAAAAAUGAAAAAAAUGGAAGAUAAACAUCAAAGAGAGGUUGAUGAACUGAGGAAGAAAUAUGAGUCUAAAUGCGUUUUAUUGUAACACUGAUAUCUGCACUAGAUUUAUGCUCUGACAUGAAUAAUGUUAGAAGGUUAGGUUCCAGUGAGUAUCUUGCUUUAAGUACUACAGUGCGUCUUAUCCUCAUGGACUUCACGAGAUUUGCCAGUUCUUGCUGUAAGAUGAAACCCACUCUUCCACCAAGCCACUUGCAAGUUCUGAGGCACUUCUUGGGGGACACAUGGAUAGAAGUGGUUUGCCACUACAAGGAUGUUCAUCUGCUGUCAUUCAUGUCUCCCUGUAGCACUGGUAUAGGCCUUUUACAUUUCAGACAGUUUAUUGCUCUGGCCACAUUUGCAGUCCACGUGCCUCUCUGCAGCAGGACUAUGGCAUGUUUAAGGUUUAUUUGAAUGUUACAAAGUAGUCUAAAAAAUACAGAAUUCUGAUUCCAUGUUCUUCUGAAGUUAACAUUAUCUUGCCAUAGAUUGUAUACUAUUAUGUUUAAAAACAGGAUUAUUGAAAGUAUUGUCCUCUUUCUAUAAGGUUACUCUAAAUAUUUACUCUAAAUAGUGGUAUCUGAUAUUUACUCUAAAUAGUGGUAUCUGAAUAUUUGCAUGUAUUGCAAAUGUAUGUACUUUGCCAUGGUUAUUAAUUAUGCUACUUUUAAUACAA